AUGAAGAAUUCGAUCCCUAUUGAUCUCAUCAUCGAGAUAGUCUCGAGAUCGACAGCAAAAUCAGUAGCAAGGUGUCAUUGUGUGUCGAAGCAAUGGAGAGCCAUCUUUCGCCGUAAAUAUUUCAUCGAAUUGUUUCUAACAAGGUCCAAGGCUCGUCCUCGUAUCUUAUUUGUUGUACAAGACGGUGAGUGGAGCGAGUGGAGCUUUCUCUCGCUGCCUCAGCCUCAGAAUUCGUCUCUUGUUGUAGAAUCCGCCGAUAUUCAUAUGAAGAAGUUCUCUGCAGGCAUAAGUGGAUCCAUUUAUUUUACCUAUGCCUCUGGUUUGAUUUAUUUUAAAUGUAUGCGUAUCCCAAAGGAGGAUGAAGAUGAAAAGCCUGUGUUGUGUGAUCCUCUCACAGGAAAGUAUGUUAUCUUACCUGAACCUAGAGUAUUUGGUAUGUAUAGCUAUUUAGGGUUUGAUCCAGUUGAUAAGGAAUUCAAGGUAUUGUUCAUGGCUUCUGGUUAUACAGCUUCCAAGGAUGUAGAUCAUUAUAUUCUGACAUUGAGAACUGGGGAAUUGAAAUGGAGGACAAUCCAAUGUCCUUUUACCCAUGAGCCUUUGUGGACAAGGAUUUGUAUCAAUGGAGUUUUGUAUUACUCAGCUAUGAAUUCUGAUGGAAAUUAUGUGAUAGUUUGUUUUGAUGUUAGAUAUGAGAAAUUUAAGCUCGUUGACACAAAAUGUCGUUCUGAAUUUAAUGGAUUGAUAAACUAUAAGGGGAAAUUAUGUGGGGUUAAGUUGAAGUAUGCUUAUCGUGUUGGAUUUCCCGUUAAGUUACGUAUGCGAGUUCUAGAGGAUGUUGAGAAAGAUGAAUGGUCGACAUAUGUUAAGGUUAAGGUUAAGCAGAAUCUUUCCGUUGCUGGGAUGACUGCUACCGGUGACAUUGUUUUGUUCAUGAAAUUUGCGUCUAAUCCGUUUUAUGUUUUCUACUUCAAUCCGGAAAGGAACUCUCUCGAAGUCCAAAGUGUUGAAAUCCAAGGUCUUGGAGCUAAUCCUGAUCGCAUAGCUUGCAACGCCUUUGUAGAUUAUGUAGAGGAUCUUAGUGUUAACGAUGCAAUGCUGCAACUCAACUCAAUCCCUUUACAACAAGACUGA